AUGUCGUUAAACAUAGGACCCGAGAUUCCUGAACACUUGCUGAAAAAGCCUCAAACUGAUUCCGACGAGCAAGAAGUAUCAGAUAACGAGCAAGAAGUAUCAGAUAACGAGCAAGAAGUAUCAGAUAACGAGCAAGAAGACUCAAAUGAACACCUGUCUUCCAAAUCUAAAAGUAGUAACCUCGAUCCAAUAGAAUCAGAAGAUAUCCGUGAUCAAGAUGAUCCAGACUCGUACAUGCCAGCAUUGCCACCGGAUCUGCUUGAAGAAAGAGCAAAAAGAAAACGGAAUCUAAAAAGUGAAGCAAGAGAUUUAAACGUCUCGGUAGAUGGUGACGAAUCUUUGAAUAAAAAGUCGAGUAGACGUGUUGUCGGUCCUGCAGCACCACCACCUCCUGAGUUUUUGGCGAAUUUACAAAAUGGAGAGGUGGAAGAAGAAGAAGAUAUCAUUGGUCCAGUGUUGCCGAAAGGGUUCUCUGAUGAGAUUAAUGAUGAAAUUGAGAUGCAAACGAAAAUUCACGAAUUUGAACAGAGGGCUGAGAAAAUGCGAAGGGAACUUCGGCCUGAUGACUCAGAUUCAGAAAAGAAAACAGAACGUGGCGAAUGGAUGAUUGUCCCUCCUAAAGCUGGAUUUCUUGGAGAAUCGCCUACAAAUAUGCGGUCAAGACAGUUUAACAAAAAAGAAUAUGAUCCAUCCAAAGUGGAUAAUUCGCUUUGGACUGAAACUCCUGCUGAAAGAAUAGAGCGAAUAAAGAAUAGUUCUCAAAAAAGAAAACAUGUCAAAGUCGAUGAUGAUGAACCCAUUAAAUAUUCUAAAGAGGAAUUGGAGACAGCUGAAAGUAUCAAGGAGUACAAUGCAAUGCAUCGCCCAGUAUCCCUACUAGAGCAACACUCCGAGACCUACGUAAAAUCAAAGAAAUGGGAGAAAGAUGACGUGCGACAACGACCAUUUGAUCGUGACCGAGAUGUUUUGGGGCCAAGACGAAUGGAUUCUCGUAAGCGUCGAGAAAUUGUGGACCAGGCUAAAGGUUUAGGGUCAAAAUUCGGUCAUGGGAGAAGUGGGACCUUUCUAUGA